AUGUUGUUCAACUAUCUGCGAAAGCCGAAUCCGACGAACCUUUUGACUUCUCCGGACUCAUUUAGAUACUUUGAAUAUGGAAUGUUUUGCAUGGGAUGGCACACACCAGCAACGCAUAAGAUAAUCUACUACAUAGCAUCCUGUUUGAUUUUUGCUUGGUGUGUCGUAUACUUGCCAAUCGGAAUCAGCAUUAGUUUCCAAAAGGAUAUUAACACGUUCACACCGAAUGAACUGCUGACAGUUAUGCAAUUAUUUUUCAAUUCAGUGGGAAUGCCAUUCAAGGUUCUGUUCUUUAAUGUGUAUAUUUCUGGAUUUUACAAGGCCAAAAAGCUGCUGAGCGAAAUGGACAAGCGUUGCACGACUUUGGAGGAGCGAGUGGAGGUGCAUCGAGGCGUGGUCUGUUGCAACAAGGCCUACCUCAUUUACCAGUUCAUUUAUACCGCGUACACUAUUUCAACAUUUCUAUCGGCGGCUCUUAGUGGAAAAUUGCCAUGGCGCAUCUAUAAUCCUUUUGUGGAUUGGCGCGAAAGUAGAUCCAGUUUUUGGAAAGCCGCUCUCAACGAGACAGCACUAAUGCUAUUUGCUGUGACUCAAACCCUAAUGAGUGACCUAUAUCCACUGCUAUAUGGUUUAAUCCUGAGAGUUCACCUCAAACUUUUGCGAUUGAGAGUGGAGAAACUAUGCACAGACCCUAGGAAAAGCGAUGCUGAAAACGAGCAAGAUUUGAUUAAUUGCAUCAAGGAUCACAAGCUCAUUAUUGAAUAUGCUGCAGCAAUACGACCAGCUGUCACCCGCACAAUCUUCAUCCAAUUUCUAUUGAUCGGAAUUUGCCUUGGCCUUUCGAUGAUCAAUCUACUCUUCUUUUCCGACAUCUGGACGGGAUUGGCCACAGUGGCUUAUAUCAAUGGCCUAAUGGUGCAGACAUUUCCAUUUUGCUUUGUUUGUGAUCUACUGAAAACGGAUUGUGAACUCCUUGUGUCGGCCAUAUUCCAUUCCAACUGGAUUAGCUCGAGCCGCAGUUACAAGUCAUCUUUGAUUUAUUUCCUGAAGAACGCCCAGAAAUCAAUUGCUUUUACAGCCGGCUCUAUUUUUCCCAUUUCUACCGGCUCGAAUAUUAAGGUGGCUAAGCUGGCAUUUUCGGUGGUUACUUUUGUCAAUCAACUAAACAUAGCUGACAGAUUGACAAAGAACUGAUUAUUGCACAAAGUAUUUUCAGAGUAAAAGAAUCUAAUAGUUUGUAGCAUUGCAGAAAAUAACUUUGUUUAAUUAUUUUUCAA